GCAAACAACACUCAUGUAAACAGUCCCAUUGCUGCAGACCUAGAGAGAAAUCUUUGCAUCUGUUGUUGUCAGUGUAUCACUGAAAUUUUUUUAGGUUUAAUAUGUGAAUGGGUAGCAAAUUCAACACGUAAAUCAAAGCAUAUCGCAAGUAUCUGAAUGGUUGUUUGUUUUGAAAAGAGUGGCGCUUAAUCUGCAGCUCAGCAAGAUGAAAACCCUACAGAGAAAUAGAGGCUGGAGUCUCUGACAAGACCCUAAUAUACCCUCUUAACACCAAUCAGGUUCAGUUGUGCUUGUCUUUUUUUUAUCUUGAAGUGACAGAAGUGUAAUUUGUUUUGACAGAUUAAAGAACUCAUCUUUCUUUAUGUGAUUAAUAUCCACUAGACUCUAUAAACAAGGCGAAACAAUGUGGUCAGUGACUGUUGGCACAGUUUGGGUGAUGCUAUGAAACUGCAUUGACUUUGCAGGAAGGAAUAAAAAGGUUUACUUGAUAAUAUUUUGGGAGAUUUUUGUUUUAGAUCAAUGCAUAAGCUGUUGCAGUUACAUGAAGAUCAUUGAGUCACAUUCAGCAUACUACCAUGUUAAACUGGAAUUCAGGUUUUAAACUAACUACAAAAUUAGCCACUUUUUUUUAGCUGUAUCAAAUGUUUUUGUGUCUCAGCAACAGUUUGAUCUUCUCUUUCUUCUGUUCUGAACUUCUAUAGUGUGUCACUUUUCAGGGAGACCACUUCAUUACACACAUUACAUUAUUAAUCUUAAUUUCUCUCAAGAAUUUUUUUAUUCUUCACAAUUUUUAUUGUUUUUGGUGAGCACUGUUUACAGUCCAGAUUGGGCGUCUUCUGAUCGGAUUUCACAAACAGCACUGCAUAUUGGAGAUGCACAUCCUGUCUUAAUGUGGCCUCAGCUACACAACUGACAUUUGCAAUUCAUUAGUAUUGUAUAAAAAUAUGUUUUUGUGUAAAAAGCCUAAUGUGAUAAUUAAUAUGAAUCCAUUAGCUUUUGUUUGAUCAGCAUGCUCUGCCUCAUCUAGACCAUUAUUAUCAAUCUAUCAUCUGAAAACAGAUUAGAACCAGACUGAAUGUUUUUGCGUAUUUAUAUUUGAAUUAUUUUCUGUCAUUAUAUGUCCAAUGAUUUUUUAGCUGUGUCCUGUACUUGAGUUGUACUUCUUAUAUUAAGUUGACCACACUAAUUACAUAUCUAGGUAAAACAUUUUUAUUGAAUGUUUUAAAAACAUUUGUUUGUGGUUUUAAAAAAUUAAAAUCAGACAAAAAAAAUCCUAAUUUCAGGAUUACACCUGGAGCUCCAUAAAAUACAAGAAUUAGCUCAGUUUCCUCAUUCGUAGUACCAUUUGCUCCAUAUUUUGUUCCCCACUGUUUCUCUACUCCUACAGUCAUUACUGCCUCCUUUAAUUUCAAAUUUUAUAUGAUUCCUUUAUUAUGUUCCUGGUGGGUUCUGGCAGCAUUUUUUUUUCUUUGCUGUUUCAGCACAAAGUUCAUGCUGUAUUGUCACAAAAUUCUUCAAAAUGUAGAGUAACUGUGCUCGGUGAGCCUCUGCUGUCAUUCUGCCAAGCUUCAAACCGAACACAGAUGUGACGGCACGCACACGACUGUUUGGCCUCUGCGCUUUUUGUCUUAAGGGAGACGUUUCCAUGCCGAGUGCUUUGCAGAAAGCUAAAGAAAGGUCAGAAAUAAGCACUGAUUUAACCCUCACAUGAUGGAUGGUUUUUUGUGUGUCAUCUAGAGGAAAAGUCACGACUAAUAGGCACGAGCAGAUGACUUAAAAGAUUUACAUCAAAGACACUGCUGUGGUGAAAGAAGAAGAAGGGGCUACCCAGAGGUUUACAUAUGAUGACAGAAAACUGUUGAAGAGAUUAUUAUUCCUCCUCUAGAAAAAUGAACACACUCCACUCUGUGGGACCGCCUGGCCUGACUUCAACUUAAAAAAAUGGAACACUUUAAAAACACACUACAGACUUUUAUGUAAUUUAGUAAAUUUUCUAUUUAUGAUCCUUUAUAUAACCUCCCUCCUGAAGCACCUGAAGGCUUCACUCCAUAAUAAAAAGAAACUUAGUGAAACAUUUAUGAGAACUAAUGACGCAUUAGUUGCUGUUGGACUAAAGUGGCUCCUUCAAAGCUUGGGGCUGAAACAAAAGUUGGACUAUCCCAGAGGUUACUAAAGGCUCUGCUGGUUUUAUAGAAUUAGUGGAAAGGAUAGUUCUGCCCUCUGGACAUUUUGUCACAGCCAUAUUUGGAGAUGUUUCAGUUCAGCAAGUACCCCAUGGACAUCUUAGAGAUGCUAAGUGGACACCAAGCCCACCAGUUUAAAGGGCUUGGGUUGGAACGACAACUGAGCCACCAACAAGUCCAACUGCAGCAUCAGCAACAGCUCCAGCAGCAGCACCAACCCUCUGCUGAUACCUCUGGAAGUCUGCUGACCGGUCUUGGGCUCGGAUCCCUCCAGAGCUCUCGAAGCAAUGCCUUCGCUGACUCCUCAUCAUUAUUCGCCAAAAUGAGCGCCCCUCCUCCAUCUAUCUCCCACCAAAGCCAGUCGUCCUCAUCGUCCCACAGCUCCAGGAAGUCCAGUAAGAUUAGCAGCAGUAGCAGUAGUGGCAGUGGGAGUUCCUCAUCCGGAUAUCCCCAGUUUCUGCGGCCUUUUCAUCCAGCUGAGGCGGCUCUUGCUCAGGAGCAGCUCCACUCUGGAAUGGGGCGUUUCGACUUCACUGGAAGCAGCAGUGGAGGGGCUGCUGGAGUUAUUGGGGUCACGUCUGCACCACCCCCUCCUCCGCUGCAUCCGGGUCUUUCUGUACCUCAACCCUCACCUGGUCCGUCUUCGUCUUCACCUUCUCCCUCCACCUCAGCUUCAGCUUCUAAUAACCCCUCUGGCAGCACUGCGGUUCCCCUGGUUGGCCAGUCCGAUCCCCGCAGCCUCCACCAACAGUUCAGCUGCAUGCUUGCUGCCAACCAGUACUUUCUGUCUGGUGUCCCAACAAAUAGUAGCCUUGAGCAGUUCCUUGUCCAGCAGGGAACUCACAACCACCUUAGUUUAGGUCUUGGCCAGGGGGCGACUGAAUCCAACUCAGCCCUGGCCCCUCCUCCUGCCCUCCACUCCUCUCACAGCCACAGUGCUCCCCAGACCCAACAGCAGCAACAACAGCUGACCCCUCAUGCCUUAUCUCAUCCACACAGCCACACUCACCACCCGCACCCCUUGCAUCCAGCCCCUCAGCCUGCCCCGCUGAGUGGCUUUGAUUUCCAAAGCAUUCCAGUACUUUCCUCAAACCAGAUAGCAUCAUUAAUGCAGCAGGAGGCGGGCCUUCCCCUCCCCCUGCCCUUGCACCUGUCUCUGUCUAAAGAAGACACAACAAAAUCAGGAGACAACUCGUCUGCAUCUGCUUCAAGUGGGGGUAGCAGGAGGAAGAAGGCAAUGGCAGGUUAUCUGCCCCAGAGAAAAGCUGAAAGUAGCAGCCACAGUCAGAGCAGUCACAGCCACACCAGCAGCAGUGUAACUACUUGCCAUAACAACAGCUCAAGUGGGCACACUCAGAGCUCCUCUUCAGGCCUUGUGGGAGGGAGAUCUGGGGGUGUUGGGCUAAGUGGCAUUGGAAGUGAGACACAGCACUCCUCUCUCCUCUCGUCUUCCUCUCAGCAGCAGUCAUCUUCCACUGUCUCAUCAUCCUCAUCAGCCUCCGCAUCCUCUAGCUCCACUUCUGUGCUUGUAGCCAAUGGCAACCAACAAUUGCCCAAACCACAAGAACGUCAUAGCAGCUCGUCUGGGCAGCCUGAACCAGAACCCCUGUACCACUGUGGUGAAUGUGGUAAAACCUUCACUCACCUUUCCAGCCUACGAAGGCAUCUCCGAAGCCAUGGCUUGACACCAGAAAGCCAAAGUAGGAAGUCGGACUGUAACUCUCCAAGCCCAGAGCGGAUAUUCUGCUGUGGUGAGUGUGGGAAGAGGUUCAAAAAGAGAGGUCACCUUAUCCAGCACAGUGUCACCCACUCAGAAAACCGGCCUUUUGUUUGCAGCAUUUGCCAAAAGUCAUUCAACCGUCGGGAGUCACUGACAAGACACGAGAAGAUUCAUGAUGAGAAGCCAUUUCGUUGUCCGGCGUGUGGGCGUUGUUUCCGUGAAAGUACCUCUCUGCUCAACCACGCUGCUUCGGGUGCUUGUGGCAAACCUCCCCGCAGCUCAAAAAAUCGGUCCAGCGGUGGGGGGAAUACAACAUCCAACCCAAGCAGCAGUAAAAUGGGAAAUAGUGCAGAGAGUAGGGUAGGAAUUUCAACUGAUGGGGCUGGCAUGACAGAUGACAAGUAUGCAACAGAUUAUUCCAGAAAUCGAUACCAGAACCAGCCACCUUACAAUAGUGGGGUAGGCGAUUACAGGCGUCCACAGUCUUCCACGCUCUAUUCCUCAGAGAAUACAUUAGGCAACGAAAUGACUAGCCAAACUCUACGGAAGGCCCCGUUAGCUCCAACUCUUCAUCCCCAUCCUCAGAGCCAGCAGCAACAUCACCACCACCAACAACAGCAGCAGCAGCCCCACCUUCCCUUGUCCUCGUUGUUGGAUGAUUCAGAGGAUGAGGUCACUAGCAGUGCAAUGUCAGCCAUUGCUGCCGCCGCCGCCGCCUCCUGUGACAUCAACUCGGAAAGUCGAGAAGGAGAAAGGAGAGACAUCAUUGGGGGUCUGCUGGGAGGUUUGGGGUUUGGAAACAUGGGCGGACCAUCGUCAACUAGCCUAAAUGGUUCCACCAUGCCUUUGACUCACCCCAGUCUACCCCACACAAAGCCCCGGAGGCCUCGAAAGCCCAGAGAAAAAAGGGAUCCAAACACAAUCGUGAGGAGGAGGAGGAGUCCAGCACCUCCAGGGGAUGGCUCAGAGAGGCCAUAUGGCUGUCAGAUUUGUGGCAAACGCUUUAGAAGGGCGGAGACACUGAGGCGCCACAACCGGGUUCAUACCGGAGAGAAACCUCAUGCCUGUGAAGUGUGUGGAAAAAUGUUCAGAGAACCUUUUCACCUCACUAAGCAUCUGACCGUACACUCCGGUCAAAAGAACUACAAAUGCAACCUUUGUGGGAAGUUGUUUGCCUAUGCACAGAGCCUUGUUCGGCAUGGAAAGCUUCACAGAAAAGGGGAAAUUGACAAUACAGGUCGGAGAAUAAAAGGUGGAGCUGCUGCUGCUGCAAUCAGUCAAGUUGCCAACUCUGGAAACUCAGAUUACUUCUCAUCAUGCUCCCAAGAAGAGAAGUCUCCAACAUCUGGCACACCCUCUCAGCGGCUUUACACCUGCACAGUAUGUUGGAAGUCUUUCCGACACUAUUUCCACCUGACAGCACAUCAACAGACUGUCCACGGCGGUGGGGUGGGCCUGGAGAAGUCCUUUCGCUGUGAAGUUUGCGGCAAAGCCUUUGCCUACUCCAACAGCUUAGUGCGGCACAAGUUAUCACAACAUGGCAUUGACCGCAACGGUCAACGUGUCAACCAGUCUCAACCCUCUGGAUACUCCCCACUGUUUUAUGAUUCUGGUCCAGGUUCCAACUAUGCUGGAUCAUCCCACAUACCACAGGGAGUUGCUGAGCAGCAGCAACAGCAACAACAGCAGCAACAGCAACAACAGCAACAGCAGCAGCAGCAGCAGCAACAACAGCAGCAGCAGCAGCAGCAACAACAACAGCAGCAGCAACAACCACAACAACAGUUGCAACACCCUUUUCACUACCGCUCAAAAAACUUCCAAAAGCGCCAUGGACAGACAAGAAAGCACCGAAAGAAAAAACGGCGCAUUGUAAUCCAUAGCAUCAUGAGAGACGGGAAGCUAGUGGGAGUCCCUUUGAGUAAAGACACUCGCAAGAAGUUGAUGAUUCUGAGGAGGAAAAAGGGAAGACUACAGGCGCACAUCAAUAGGAAAAAGCUCUUGGCCCAGCUGAGGAUGAAGGGGGGAGUGAUGAAAGUAAAGUCAUGGUGCGGGGGUGCGGUCAGAGUCACAGGGCUCACCUCUAUGGACGUCCCCCUCAAACGCUUUCUUUGUCCCAUCUGCCCUAGUGCCACAUACGCCAAACAGGGCUCCCUGCUGGUGCACCACGCCGUCAGACAUCCACCGAGAAACUCAGGGCGUCAUGCCCGCCUGCGGUGCCAGGUGUGUGGGCGACGCACCACUUCAUUACACAAAGCCUUGAAACACAGGAGUCGCCAUCUCAAGCAGGCUGCAUUCCAGUGCCACAAAUGCCAACAUCGCUUCUGGAACCCAUGUCUCCUGGCCCGCCACAGGUUCUCCUGCCGGGGGGCGAGCACUGGCAGUGUUGCUCAAAACUGGGAGCUGACAAAGAUGAGAUCAGUGUCAGUUAGUGACCACUCUCCAGUCCCGUUGACGGUUCCGGGUCUGGCCCAGCCUGAGAGAUCAACAGUUCUGACUGAGUACAGUCAGUAAACACAAACUCUCUUUUUUAGACUAGAUUGUUUUUUGAUGUUUAUAUUUUAUUAAAUAAUCCAAGAUCUUAGCACGUUUUUAACAAAAUAGGGUGGGGAAUGAAGGGAAAUAUUUAGUUCAACUCCCAGACUGUCCCCACCCCCUUAUCUGGACAAGCCUUUAAACAAUCCCAGUACAACAGCAGAGGUGGUUGAUAAAAUGACUUGGACUUCUAAAGACCUAAAAUCAAAACCGCCCAAACUAUCUGCCUCCUGUUCCUCAAAGGUAAAGGAACUAAAGAUCAUGUUUUUUUUUUUUUUUGUUUUGUAGCAUUUGUUUGAAAAUUGUCAGUACUUUCCAUCGUGUUUGUCUCGUUCUAAAUCCCUUUUGCCGUGUUUGUGCAUCAACAAAAAUCGGAUGUUUUUCAUAGGGCUGAUUGAUGUACCAGUUUAUUCUUUAUCACAUUAUUCAUAGUUAUACUGUGUAGUCCUCAUUUAAUGCUCUGUUUAUUACACUGAACAGAUUCACUUUUUAUGCUGAAAUAUUUCCCCUUAAUAUAAAUUAAUCUUUAGGAUCUAAUACCAAGUAGCUCACAAAAGUGGCACAGCUUGAUGCUAGGUGAUUUACGGAAAAGAAGCUGAAACACAAAAGCUUAGUCGACCGUUUUUAUACUGUACACUACUUUUGUUACUUUUUUUAAAAAAAAAUGUGUGAAUGAAACACAAAGAUGACUAAAGCUGUUAACUCUUUCAGGAUAUGAAAAGGACAACAGAAAUAAUGAGUGUACUGUACAAUUAGUAUUAUAUUUUAUUAUAUAUAAAUAUUAUUUGCUGUUUUUUACUCCCAGUUUUCAUUUAUCGUAUCGUUGCUAUUCUAAAUGUGGGAGGAGACGAAUUGAGACAUUGUUUGUAAAAUCUUAAUUAUAUGUAUCAAUGUGAUCAUCCCUCCCUUCCUUUUAACAGAAACUCCGUUUACCUGCUCAUACACAGUUUGGCUCCAUUUUUGUAACAGAAGUGUGUACACAGUUCUUAUUUAGGUCCUGUCCAGAAGUGCUUAUCCGUUUUUUUUUUUUUUCCUGUAAAUCUAAACCAUGUAAUAUGACUAAAUUACUAUCCUUUGCCUAAAAGUGAGUUGUUGAAAAACCUUGAAUAAACACCUAAAAUGUC